AUGGUGAACACGAGCCUGCAGCUGAUCAGCUUCAUCUGCGCGGUGACGGGCUGGGUGAUGGCUAUCGCCGUGACGGCGCUGCCCCAGUGGAAGGUCACGGCCUUCAUCGGCAGCAACAUCCUCACGUCCGAGAUCGUGUGGGAGGGCAUCUGGAUGAACUGCAUCUACCAGACCACGGGCCAGAUGCAGUGCAAGACGUACGAGUCCAUGCUGGCCCUGCCGCCCGACAUCCAGGCGGCCCGCGCCCUCAUGUGCCUGGCCAUCUUCCUGGGCUGGCUCUCCUGCACCGUCACCUGCUGCGGGAUGAAGUGCACCACCUGCGCCGGCGACGACCGGCAGGCCAAGGCGGCCAUCGCGCUCUGCGGCGGCGUGCUCUUCAUCCUGACGGGCCUGUGCGUGCUGGUGCCCGUGUCCUGGACCGCCAACACCGUCAUCCGGGACUUCUACAACCCGGCCGUGCCCAUGGUGCGCAAGCGCGAGCUGGGCCAGGCCAUCUACCUGGGCUGGGCCGCCGCCGUCAUCCUCAUGCUGAGCGGGGCGGUGCUGAGCUGCACCUGCCCCCAGGGCGACAGGAGGGUCUACCGCCGGGGCUAUUUGGGCCGCAGCUUCGUCAACACCCGCGCCUCCGCCCCCGACCCCCCGAAACCCAUCUCCACCAGCAGCCUGCCCCUGAAGGAGUACGUCUGACACCAUGGGCAGGGUGCGCAGAGAGAGAUGGUGGCAAACAAGGGUAGGUGUAAUGGAUCAACUGGGACAUGUUCUGUAAAGGUAUAGAUCAUUGGCUAUUAGUUGUUACUAGGCAGUUGAUGUUGAUUGAUCCAUUUACAGACAGUGGUCUGUGUCUACCUCUUUAUUUUUCAGCUUGAGAGCUUGACUGACCAAUAUUGUAUCUGAAUGCUGUAUCUGAACUUUUUUCUCUGUGUUUAAGUCAUGAAUUUAAUUUAUAGUAAUUUAUUUAUGUAUUUAAUCAGAUUGAAACUAUAUUAUUCCAGGAAUGUUGAUGUGUUUCUACCUGUUUAAGACUAGAGGAAGCACAGCCUCUCAAAGCAGAAAGUGAUGUAGAAGACAUACAUUUUCUCUUCAGUUGACAUCAGGACCUACAGGGUAGCAGACCUCCAGUUGCUGACACACGUGAUCAGUGGAACAUGUCUAAGCCAGGGGUUACUGUACUGUGCAUCGUUUGUGUUCAGAAUGACGUGUGCCGUGGUUUCUCCCAUUUGGCUUUGUUUGUAAUGCACAGUGUUGUGAACAAAUAAAAAAGUUUGAAUAAU